UCAAAAUUUCAUUUCCCUCUCUUUCUCCUCACUUUCACUACUUACUGACCAACUAGUAAAAAUUAAGACACAGAGUAAGAGGAGAGAGAAAGUAAGCUUUCUUAGUUGUGGCGCCACUCUUUCCUCCAUAUUUUUUCAAACUUCGAAUCUCCUCCAAAACCCCAGAAAAAACCCAGGAAAACCCAAAUCAAAUAACUGCUCUUUUUUAUUUUUUAUAUCUUUCCUGCCAUAAAUUCUCAAACCCAGAAAAAACCCAAAUCAAAUAACUGCUCUUUUUUAAUUUUAUAUAUUUUUCCUACCAUAAAUUCUCAAACCCAGAAAAAAAAACUUCAAAAAUCUUAAAAAAAAUGGAGGAAAAAGAGAGCCCCAUUUCAGCGUCGCCGGAAAACACCGAAAGUGGUUCACCAACCCCAAUAAGUUGCGGUGUAAUUUCAGCACCGCCGGAAACAAUCGCCGGAGAUGGUGGAUUUUCCGGCGGUUUCACCGGAGUAGGAAGUUCCGGCAAUUUGGUGGGGUCUAAAAAGAAGAGAGGUAGACCUAGAAAAUAUGAUAUUCAUGGUAAUUUAAAUCCUGCGUAUACUGCAAAAGCUAGGAUCUCUAAAUCCGACGUCGUUUCUCCGCCGCCGGGUUUCACUCUUACGACGUCGUACCCUACUGAGUGUGGGUCAAAACGAGGUCGUUCUAAACCUUCUCCUCAGCUUGCUUCUUUAGGUGGAAUGUUUGCAGAAACAGCAGGAGUGGACUUCACCCCCCAUGUCAUAACAGUACAAACCGGAGAGGAUGUUGCGGCCAAAAUUUAUUCAAUUGGCCAAAAGGGGCCUCGAGGAGUUUGUGUGCUCUCCGCUAAUGGUUCGAUAUCUAGCGUUACGAUCCGCCAAGCAGGAUCGUCUAGUGGUCUCUUGACAUAUGAGGGCCGUUUUGAGAUACUGUCUUUAAGUGGUUCAUACACAACCAGUGAAAACAAUGGGGUGACAAGCAGGACUGGUGGAUUAAGCAUCUCACUAGCUAGUCCUGAUGGCCGUGUGGUUGGUGGUAGCGUUGCUGGCUGGCUUACUGCCGCAAGCCCUAUUCAAGUGGUUGUUGGAAGCUUUGUGCCAUAUGGCUACAAGGCACAAAAGAGAAAGCAACAGCGUGAAUCUCCAAAGGCAGCGGCUAACUCUGGUUUUCCUGAUACAACGCCUGCAGAGAUGUCGAAUGCACAAUUUGCUCCCCUAGGUAAUGAACUGGGCCCACCAGAAAUUGUGCCAAUGGCAGCACAGAGUCAUAGUGAAGCAGAUGACAGCAUAGGAAGUGGACAUAACCUAAAUGUGGUAUCUUCACAUAAUACUCCAGAACCGGAAUGGAAUAAUGGAUCGCAGCUGCCGCAGCAGCAGCAGCAGCAGCAGCAGAGAAUUUACCCUGAUAUCAAUGUGUCUGUGCCUGGUGCUUGAAAUUUUACUGCUUUAGUCUCUCUGUUUUCUUUUAUUAGUGAUAAGUUUUAGUCUCUUUUGUUCAAUAGUGAUCAAAUUUCUUAGGUGUUUAAAUUAUGGCAGUAGGGUUUAGAAAAGGUUGAAGGAUGGACUGAACUGAUUUUUUUUUUUUAAAAAAUUCAUGUCGGCGGCUGUUUUUGUUGUAUGAUUCAGUACUUGAACUCCACAUUGACUUUACAGUUACUAACUAUAGCUUAAAGUGAAAAGGUUUCUACUGUUUAUUCAUCA